UCGUACAACCACAGUUCAUAGUAGCUAAGCUAGUUUGAUUAUCUUUGUCUGUUGAAAGAUGCCGGGCCUUACCAUUGGCGACGAGAUCCCCAAUCUUGAAGUUGAAACCACCCAUGGAAGCUUCAAGCUCCACGACUACAUUGACACCUUCGUUGUCCUCUUCUCCCAUCCGGGUGAUUUUACUCCGGUGUGCACGACGGAGCUAGGGAUGAUGGCGGCAUACGCCGACAAGUUCUCCGAGCGUGGAGUGAAGCUGCUCGGUUUGUCCUGCGACGACGUGGAGUCUCACAAGGCGUGGAUCAAGGACAUUGAAGCUUACAACAAAGGCCACAAGGUUGGAUACCCCAUCAUCGCUGAUCCCGACAGGAAACUCAUUAAGCUUCUCAACAUGGUUGAUCCCGACGAGAAGGACUCCGCCGGCAACAACGUUCCUUCCCGCGCUCUCCACAUCGUCGCCGCCGACAAGAAGAUUAAGCUGAGCUUUCUGUAUCCGGCGAGCACUGGCCGGAACAUGGAUGAGGUGAUAAGGGUAUUGGACUCGCUGAAACUUGCGGCGAAGCACAAGAUUGCGACGCCGGUGAACUGGAAGCAGGGGGAGGCGGUGGUUAUCUCUCCCAGCGUCUCAACCGACGAGGCCAAGAAGCAGUUCCCGCAGGGGUUCAACACCGUCGAUCUCCCCUCCGGGAAGGAUUAUCUCCGCCUUGUCACCGAUGUUUAAUAUAUAUAACACCAUAUAUCACCAUUCCGACCCCCUCCUAAAUAAGACGAUUAAGCUGAUCGAGAAUAUAAGAUUGCUGCUUUGAGCUUAUAUAGUUAUGUAUGUAUGCAUUUUCAAGCAGUGGUUGAAUCGGAAUAGUGCAGAUAAUUUCAAGAUUAUAA